AUGGCUCGAUUUGUUGUGAGUGUCGCCCAUAAGGGCGAUUCUGAUUUGCUAUCUAACCUCCCCGACAUAGCCCUUGUGGGCCCCUCUAAUGCAGGAAAAUCCUCUCUCAUCAAUGCUUUGGCUAAAUCAAGAAUAGCUCUCAUCUCAAAUAAGCCAGGUAAAACCAGAACACUAAAUUUUUAUGACUUCAACACUCACUAUGUGGUUGAUACCCCCGGAUACGGAUAUUCACACGCCUCUAAAACUGACAAAUCUUCCCUAAUGAAGAUUCUUGAUAAUUAUUUUCUAGGACCAAGAUCAAUAGUGGGGGUAUUUCAGGUGGUGUCCAGCCACGGACUCAGUGCUAACGAUCUGGAAGUCUCGGAAUAUCUAUCCGGACACUUUCACAACUAUAUGCUGAUUGUGAAUAAGAUAGACAAGAUUUCCAAAAAUCAAUUGAAGAAACUUUUAGGCUCCAUAUCCGCGUCCACAGGCAUUGGAUCCGAUUCUAUCAUUCCCAUUAGUGCUAAGAUGGGGUUAAAUUUAAGUCUAUUAAAUUUAAAAAUUAGGGAGUUUCUCAAAUAA